GGGCGUGCACGUGGGGACUCCCGGUCAGAGACUGGCGCGUCCGGGGAAAAGAGGCUGUGGAGGGAUUAUGGCGUCGCUCAAUUGCAGCGCCGCCGUCUGCGUGAUUUGCUUGGAGAAACCCAAAUACCGCUGCCCCGCCUGCCGUGUGCCUUACUGCUCCGUGACCUGCUUCCGGAAGCACAAAGAGCAGUGCAACCCUGAAACUCGUCCUGCUGAGAAAAAAAUAAGGUCCGCUGUUACGGCAAAAACUGUAAAGCCCACAGAAAACAAAGAUGACGACGACUCUGUAGCUGACUUUCUCAAUAGUGAUGAGGAAGAGGACAGAGUGUCUUUGCAGAAUUUAAAGAAUUUAGGCGAGUCUGCAGCACUGAGAAGCCUGCUGCUCAACCCGCACCUUCGACAGCUGAUGGUCAGCCUCGAUCAGGGCGACAACAAGGCGAAGCUCAUGCGAGCCUGCAUGCAGGAGCCCUUGUUCGUGGAGUUUGCCGACUGCUGUUUACGGAUUGUGGAGCCAUCCCGGGAGGAGGAUUCGUGAGCUGGACUCCCGGGCUGCUU